CGCCUCCGAAGUGAGCGCAGUGCCCGACACACACCAGGUCCCGCACGGCACGACUAGAGGCGCGCACAGUCCGGCACAGUCCACUCGGCGAUACGACCCAUGCUGGACCGUCGUCGCUCUGGUCCACGCCGGGCAUCAGACAUCCAACACCCGCGCCGUCAGGCCGCAUCAGACGACGACAACAACAGUCCGCCGAGGCCGUACGUCGUCGACGACGCGAUGUCGCACGCCGACGUCGCGUCACCGUGAUCGCGCGUGGUCCAGCGACCGUGGGUGCUCCAUGCUGACAGCUGAUAAUUAAAAAUAGAGAAACGGAAAGGCGCGCGCGCGCGCGCGAGAGAGAGAGAGAGAGAGAGAGAGAGAGAGAGAGAGAAAGAGAGAGGUAGAUAGAUAGAUAGAGGGACAGAAAGAGAGAAAGAAAGAAAGACGUCAAAGGUAUCCGGAGGGAUACCGCCAGGCGACGACGACGAGCGUCUCGGUGGUCCGGUUCAUCGAACUCGCGCGAAACAUCGCGCCGCGCGACUCUGCGGGACACUCGCGGCGCGACGAGACGCUUUUCGGACUUGUUUGUAUCGCCCCCCUUUUCUUUCCCUCGUUACCGUCGCCGCAUCGGCGGCUCGAGGCGAGGCAGCAGUGCGGAGCGAGUGGUCAACGGGGAACGUCUCGAGCCGUGGGACUUGCCGCGUUCACCGGCAGAACCGAGUGACUGCUGCUACUGUUACUUGUGAACUCUGUUGACCGCGGCGAGGAGGAGGACCCGCUGCGUCCGCGGUGUGACGAAGCACACCUCCGGUGUGCCUCGCCGCGUGUCGGUACAUCUCGCGGAGGUGUCGCACUGGGAGAUCGGCCGGCGGCGAGACGACGGCGGGACUACUGUCAAUCGCGAAGGUGCCACCGUUCCCGGCGGACGGGCCCGCAAACAUCGUCCCGCAUCUGUGCGCGCGGACCGCUCCGGUCAGUUAGUCACUCACUCGCUCGCUCGUCCGUUCGUCCGUUCGUCCGUUCGUUCGUUCGUUCGUCCGUUCGUUCGUUCGUUCGUUCGUUCGUUCGUUCGUUCGUUUGUUCGCUCAGUCAGUCGAUUCGUCCACCGUCUGUCUGUCUAAUUACAGCGCUGAUCGCUCGAGCCGAGUCGCGGUGCCGUAUGUCGUGCGAUUUCCUCACGGUGGUGAACGUGGCGCGGUCGACGAGUGCGACCGACGAGGAACAUGAGGACCGACAUUAGUUGACGAACAAGUGCGUCCAGGUUGCGGUGUGACCAAGUGCUCUACACCGACGUGUCGGAUAGCGCACGUCCGGAGGCGCGAAGAAAGCGCGAACACGAGUCGCGUGACAGGACGGGACACGCGGUGUCCUCGUGAGGGAAGAGGAGAAGAGGGCAAAAGAGUGUCACGACACAUACACACAUACACACACACACACACACAAACACACACACACGGGAGAUCGGAUGGACUCUCUCGCGGGGGGUGAAAACGCGUGGUCGAGGUGAGAGGGAGGAGGGCGGAAGCGUGACGACGACGACGACGACGACGACGACGACGACGACGAUCGUGAUCGGGUUCUUUGUCCUGCUGUUCUGCUGCCGACGUGCGCUCGUCGCUUCCUCCUUCCUCAUCUCGUCCCCGCGGAUGUGAUCCUGGAGCUCGGAAGACGACGAUCGGUCCUUGGUCCACGGUCACGACGACCACGACGACAACAAUAACAACUACUGCAAUUGCAAUUGCAACAACAAUCCCCUUCCGUCCCGAACAGCCGGAGCUGAGACUCGUUCUCCAAGAAACAGUGCGACGCGACGAGGACCGAAGAUCGCGAACGCCACCAUGAGGAUCAAAAUGCCCGCGGUCAGGAUCGCGCAAGCGGAAACCUCGCAAAACACCACGUCCCCAGACACCGUCCAAUGCGGGGGCUGCAGGGCGUCCUACCCCCUCGGCGAGAUCGUCCGGUUCAUCGAGCACAAGGUCAACCACUGUCGGAGCAGCCUCCAGGGUUGCCACAGUCCGCCGGCGACGGCUGCGCCGGAGGACUCAGACCCGGAGGACGCCCUCGCCCUGAAGACCACCGAUCCGGACUCGAAACUGAACUCGGUGCCGAGCAUUUCCGCGCCGAUCAACAAGAGGAGCGGUCGGCUGGAGAGCCCACCGACGCCGCAAGGCCCGGGACCGGAUGCUGGGAGUCCGAUCGACCUUAAGGCGAGCGCCAGCUCGACGCCCAAGAGACGGACGGAGGCUCCGGACGAGGACAAGGAGGACCUCCCGAAGAAGCAGAAAACCGAGUCCGUGGACGCCGACACGAACACAGUCAAUUCCGAGCCAAGGUGGCUGCAAUGCUCGCAGUGUUCCCGGCGGUUGUGCUCGGCGUGGGAGCUCCUUCAGCAUGUACAGAGCAUGCACGGCGCCCGCCUCUACUGCUCCUCCUCCUCGUCGACGAAUUCCUCGUCGAACACCCCGGCGCCGAGUCCACCGACGCCUACGCCGACGCACGCGCACCACCUCAGCCCGCCGAAUCACCUGAACCUGAGCGGCAAGAGCACCGGAAGCUCCUCAGCGGCGAACUCAUCGGGUGGCACCAAUACCAGCGGAAGUAGCGGCAGUCGGCAACAACUGCAGACCUCGGCUUCUUUGGUGGGCGACCCGCUCCACAGUUUCCUCAGGCUACCGCAGCACCUGGAACGAAGUUUCCCGCCUAUGUUCAGGCCGGACUUCCUCACCUUGAACCCCCUGGCGGGGUACAGAGGUCUCCAGGAGCUGCAGACCGCCACGCGGAACUUGCAGAAUCUGGGAGACCCGCUUCGCGGUAUGGACGGCUUGAACUUGGGAGAUCCGCUGGUGCGCAGCUCGCUGGAUUCCUUGAACAACGCCCGGAACCUAGCGAAUCUGGCCGAGCUCUCGCACGGCCGCGGCCUCGCUGGCCAGGCACACCCACCCCCACUUGAAGCGAACCUGGAUUUUUACUCGGCGCGCCUAAGGAGCCUCGCUAAUCCGUCCUUAGGCGCGGCUCCACCUACUAGCGGUAAUCCUACUACGAACCCACCGCCUCCGCCGCCGGUACCACCAGUCCCGGUUGCCAGUAGUGUUCAGCAGCAGCAACAACAGCAGCAACAGCAGCAGCAGCAGCAGCAGCAGCAGCAGCAGCAGCAGCAGCAGCAGCAACAGCAACAGCAGCAGCAACAGCAGCAACAGCAGCAGUCACAGCAACAGCAGCAGCCACCGCCGCCGCCACCGCAACAACAGCAACAACCACAGUCGCAACAGCAACAAUCACAGUCUCAUUCCCAGUCGGUGGAACCCCCUAGCCCAGCUUCGACUAAUCCUGCGAAUUUGACUCACGGCAGUCAUCAGAAGGAGAAUUCGCCGCCCUGCUACAGUCAGAGCCCGGUGGGUCACCACAACAACAACAAUUCGACGGAUAGCGAGAAGACUAGUCCUCCGGUGGCUUCCACACCGAUCAUCAGCGAUUCUUCCUCGGAAACGGUGUAUACGUGCGAAGUCUGCGACAAGAAGUUUCGAUUCCAGUCGAAUCUGAUCGUCCACCGUCGGAGUCACCGGGAUAAGGAGCGGCAGUAUCAGCAGCAGCAGCAGCAACAGCAACAACAGCAGCAGCAACAGCAACAACAGCAGGAAAGCACGCAGGACGGCCAAAGCGUCACACCGGCGAGAUGCGAGGUGUGUGAAGUCGAGGUGGCAAACUUUACCGAGUUGAGGAAACACAUGCGAAAGGAGCACCAAGAUCACUUGAACUCGGCUGCUAGUCCACAAGGCAGCGUCGAGACGGUACCGGACGACGGGUCCAGCUGCGACGAGAACAUGGACCUGGACGAGAUCGAGGAGAACGAGCAGAAGAACGAGCGAGAGGACGCGGAGGAGAACACCCCGGAGGACCUGAGUACCACUCAAGGACAGAGCGGUGAGGAGAGCGGAGGUCGGGUAGACAAGCCCGCUAGUCUGGUGGGUGAUCUGAUGGAGAAGUUCGGAUUGAGCAAUAUCGCUCAGUACUCGGAAGCUUAUCGGCAAGCGCUGCAGGAAAAUCACCGAAGCGGCUUCCUGAAAACCGAGUCGCCGUGCAACCUCGCCAACUCCCUUAAUAACAACAAGGAGAAGGAAAGCGCGCUCUCGCCCACGAAUUUUAACUCCUCCACCACACCGAAUAUCUUUUCCGGCCAGGGGUUUCCCAGAUCCUCCGGGCCGGACUUUGGCGGUCUUUGGCUACCUAGUCCGCAUUAUCUCGAGAACAACGAGUUCCGUAAGGCGUCCAAGGCCACGACGUCAACCCUGGCGCUUCAAGGCCUGCCGAGCCCGCUGCUGAAGAAAGAGCGAAGCGGUCGGAACGACACUUGCGAGUACUGCGGCAAGGUAUUCAAGAACUGCUCGAAUCUAACGGUGCACAGGCGAUCGCACACCGGCGAGAAGCCCUACAAGUGCGAACUCUGCUCAUACGCGUGCGCUCAAAGCUCCAAGCUGACAAGGCACAUGAAGACCCACGGUCGGCACGGUAAGGACACGUACAAGUGCCGUUUCUGCGAGAUGCCGUUCUCGGUACCGAGCACACUAGAGAAGCACAUGAGGAAGUGCGUAGUGGUGGUGCAGCAGGGUCCCAAGCUGGACAUACCGUAUCCAGUGAUCAAGGACGAGGACUCCUCUCUCAGCAGCAAAGAUACUUGAUCCUGGAACGGAAGCCUACCGCCGAUCCCGCCGCUGUGGCCACACAGGCCGCCUUACCCGGUGUAUUAAAGACGGGGAUCUUCCUCCUCAGGGACCUCGAGAACAAGGGAGAUCUCUGUGUCGGCGAACAACUCUGAGUCGCGCGUGGCCGGACUGAUCUCGUCAGGGACGUGUGCACUCCGACAGCGCGACUUCAGCAGGAUCUCUCGACGCGAAAUGUCCGAGGUCACCUCUCGGGAUUAGGAGAGGUGGUAGGUCGAUGCGCGAUCUCGAGACGUCCGACCCGAGGACCUGGAAACGGUCCGGAGGUCCGACGAGUUGUAAAAGGAGCAACGGGAGACGGAAGAUCCAGUUGAACGAGUUGGGCUUUCGUCUCGUUUGAGGGAGAGACGAUCCUCGCACGCUCGUGAAGACUGGACGGAACGUGCGAAGACGGCGUUCAGGCGAUGCGAAGAUAAAGUAUAGAGAGAGAGAGAGAGAGAGAGAGAGAGAGAGCGAAGAGAGAGCGACGAGAGAGAGAGAG